CGUUGCAGGAGGGCAGGGCGGAGGCGGAUCGGGAAGAUCCCUCGCUGCCCGCUCUUGCCUUCUCCCUCGUGGGAAGCCCGUCCUCUUCCUUCGUGCGGAGACCCCCGCUCGGGGAGAGGGGAGGCCGGGCUGGCGCGCCACCGUGGCCACGCCAGGAUGCAGCUGCGCGGUCACGGCGCGCCGAGCGAACCCGGGAGGGGAUGUGGGUGGGGCAGAGACCGGGUUUCUCUGCUCCAGUUCCUGAACUGCGCGAGUAGCCCUUUGCACUGAUUCGGGAAUUUAGCGACGUCCCCUUGCCUGGAGAAAAGUGGGUUUGUUAUGGUCUCUCGCUGGGCGCCUGGAACAGCCUGACGCUGCAAACCGGAGCAGGUCUCCCCGAGCAAGUGUGCAGUUGAUCUGGAGAGGGGAGACGCCGGGAAAAGCUGGCCCCAAAAAGUGUCUCCGGCGGCCGUCCUUCGGGAAAGCGUCCUUCGAUUUCACGCCGGUGCGGGAGGGGCAAGCAAGAUCUCGGCUACCUUUUUUUCCCAGGGGGCUUAGGGCACAGCUGCCGCCGCCACCACCGCCGCUGCUUCAUAGCAAGAAUCCAGACUCCAUGGCUGAUUCUGGGAACUUCGUCAGGACCAACUGAGAGACAAAGCCUUGUGCGAACCAGGAUCCAAGCAUUCCCUUUCCCCCACCCGGUUAAUCCCAGUGGCAUUGUUAUCUGUGUCUAAGCCUGUCUGGCAGUUUUCCCCAGCGGAGCUCAGACGGACUCCACCGCAGUGGUGAUGAUGGCUGAUCCUGGUGUCUGGAACGGAGUCUAAAUCUGGGAAUGACUCUUCUUGGGUAUUUUGCAGAGUAAAGCUCUCUAGGAGACCACCAGCUUCAUAGAUGGACAGGAUGUACAGAACUGAUCCUCUGGCAGGAAACUGGAGCUCCAUCUCCCUAGAUGACUCCAUAUUCCUGGAUGCCCAAAGCAACAGCACAGAGCAGUGCUUCAACGCCCAUUCCCGCAGCUCUGUCCUGCAAGGGCUGCCGUUUGGCGGUGUACCCACGGUGCUUGCCCUCAACUUCAUCAUCUGGUUGUUCCUCCUCCUGGUCUUCUCCUGCCUUCGGAAAGCAGCUUGGGACUAUGGGCGCCUGGCCUUGCUUAUGGACAAUGACAGCCGUUUUCCUCCAAGCACAUGGAACUCCUAUGACCUCACAUCGCUCUUCUAUGGGGAGCAAAGUGAAAAAGAGAAAUCCCCAUCAGAGACCAGCCCACUGGAUGCUGACAACAAAGAUGUGGGAUUCUGUUCCUGGCUCCUGUCAGUCUACCAGAUGAAGGAUGAGGAAAUCCAAAGCAAGUGUGGAAUCGAUGCCACCACCUACCUCUCCUUCCAGCGGCAUGUCUUGGUGCUGCUUCUGAUCAUCUGCGUGCUCUCAGUGGCUGUGGUCCUCCCUGUCAACUUCUCUGGGGAUCUCUUGGGGAAGCAUCCAGCUAAUUUUGGCCGAACCACAAUUGCGAAUGUCCCCAAAGAUGACCGUCUCCUGUGGCUGCACAGCAUCUUUGCCCUCCUCUAUUUCAUCAUCACCGUGCUCUGCAUGGCUCAUCACUCCAUCCAGCUUGAAUACAAGGAGAAUGAGAAGGUGGCCCGGACCCUGAUGGUUACCAGGAUUCCCAAAGAUAUUAUGGAUCCCUCCCUUGUCAUCAAACAUUUCCAUGAGGCUUACCCAAGCUGCACAGUGACUGGUGUCCAGUUCUGUUCUGACGUUCGCACACUGAUGAAGUUGGAUUCAGAGAGGCGCAAGGCAAUGAAGGGGAGGCUUUACUUCACCACCAAGGCUCAGAAGGAGGGGAAAAUCAUGAUCAAGAUCCACCCCUGCUCACGGAUAUUCUGUUGCCGUAGUUGCGGCUUUGAAGAGGUAGAUGCAGAGCAAUACUAUGGGGAGCUAGAAGAGAAAUUGACAGAUGAAUUUAAUGCAGAGCGAAGCCGGAUUGCGCUGAAACGCCUCGACAUGGCUUUUGUCACAUUUCAGGAUGAGAGGAUGACAGCCACUAUUCUGAAGGAUUACAGCCGUGUCUGCUGUCGCAAGCAUCCACAACAGUCUUCUGUUACCACAGUGGUGAAAUCCCAUUGCUGGGGGGUCAGCUAUGCCCCCGCUCCCAACGACAUCAUCUGGGAGAACUUAUCCGUCAGCGGUGCUUCGUGGUGGGUGCGAUUUGUCAUGCUCAAUAUCUGCCUCUUCAUCCUCCUCUUCUUCCUCACCACGCCCGCCAUCAUUGUCAACACCAUGGACAUGUUCAACGUCACGCGGCCUGUGGAGAGCCUCAAGAAUCCUAUUGUCACCCAGUUCUUCCCCACGCUGCUGCUCUGGGCUUUCUCAGUGUUCCUGCCUUUCAUUGUGUACUACUCUGCUUUCUUCGAAUCGCACUGGACAAGGUCAAAUGAGAAUCAGAUCACAAUGCACAAGUGUUAUUUUUUCCUGGUGUUUAUGGUUAUCAUCUUGCCCUCACUUGGAUUGACCAGUUUGGAUCUCUUCUUCCGCUGGCUCUUUGACACCCACUUUGUGGAUCAGGCAGAGAUCAAGUUUCAGUGUGUUUUCCUGCCCGACAACGGUGCUUUCUUUGUCAACUAUGUCGUCACCUCCAGCCUGAUUGGGACAGCCAUGGAGUUGCUGCGCAUCCCUGGACUCAUUGUCUAUGCCACGCGGCUCUGCUUUGCCAAGUCUGAACCGGAGCGGCUCCACAUCAAGCGGAACCAAGCUUAUGAGUUCCAGUUUGGAUUGGAGUAUGCCUGGACCUGCUGUAUAUUUGCUGUUGUCAUGACCUAUAGCAUCACCUGCCCCAUUAUUGUCCCCUUUGGUUUGCUGUAUAUGCUGCUGAAGCACAUGGUUGACCGCUACAACAUUUACUAUGUCUACAUCCCCACCAAACUGAACCAGCGCAUCCACACGGCAGCUGUGAGCCAGGUGGUGGUAGCUCCCAUCCUCUGCAUGUUCUGGCUGCUCUUCUUCUCCGUCAUCCGACUAGGCUCCAUCAGACCCAUCACCAUUUUCACCUGCGUGGUCCUUGUCUCCUGCAUCCUUUCUUCCUUCUUUGGCCUUUGUCUGAAGAAGCUGCAUCCAAGGAAGCCCUCCAGUUACCAGCAGAUGUCUGAGCAAUCUGAAGGUGCCUUCAAUGAUACAGAAAGGAGCAGCAUCUCUUCAACCCCCAAUUCAAAUAUGUUUGUGGCUACAGUGCUUCAGGAGCCAGAACUAAGCCUAACGCCAGCAGCCUCCCCAGCUCACCAGUCUUACGGCACCAUGGGCAGCCGCCUGGAGCAAGCCGAGAACAUGGAGGAGGGAGGCCUGCAGAGCUUUGAAACAGAGCUGGAGAGCACAGAGGGCGAAUACAGAACCGGGCCAGUGCUGGAUGACCAAACCCGCUAUCAUUGACCACCUGCUCUCAGAGUGAUGAGACAGACCAGAGAAACAUUUUGAGUAUUAAGAGUGCCGGAGGGAAGCAUUAUGUCCCAAGGCCUAGAUUGCUCUGAGUUGCCAUAUCAGUCCUGCUGUAAACCAGUUUUGAGCAAAGGUCUGGUUUUGCUACUUAGGCCAGAACCACUCAGGCUGAUGCACAAUGGGCCUUCAGUGCUGCAGUUCUCUUGGCCACAGUGUUGGGAUGGCAGCUCAACUGUCCAGCAGAGAUGGAACAAACAGGGAGAUUCUGCGUAGGCAGUGUAACUUCAGUUUUUUACUCCCAGCUGUUUAACAGCAGCAUGUUCCACAUGUUGCCUCUCAUCCUUCUGCUCCAGGGCUACAGACUGCCAUUGCUUGACUCUUUUUGUGUCUUCUGACAAAUCUUCCCUUCUCUCCGUUGCCCCAAUUGGUCUCCCUCGCCUUCCACUAUUUUUGCUUUUCAUUUAUAUUCUUUUUUUUGGCAGAGGAAGAUGUUUCUCUAGUGGGAGCAGCCUUCUCUGCUCAGGCCAGCAGGAGCAAGAGACUGUCUGGAUUUAAAUAGCAUCAUGCGCCCAGUAGCUACAAACCUUUCUAUAAAACAUUUGGGUGCGGGUGUGUGGAGUAGAGAGCAGAAUGGUGACUCCCGAGACACAUUCAAGUUGACUGCACAGCCCGGUGUAAUGCAUUUGUUGCAGAAGCAAACUCCCAAUUGUUUCCUGAAUGCAAGAGGGGCAUUUGCAAAAGACAGGUGCUUUAGCUGCUUCAUUUUUUAUAUGCCCAUUUGUUGCUGCUGCAGUUGUUGCUUUUGCCCAAAUUCACUGCCUCCGAAAAAAGACUUUCUUUCUCAGUGUGGCCUAAGUGACAGGCCUGACUUGUCUCUGUUUUUCUAGGUUUGACUGGUUGUGUGCUUUAUGCCCAGAAUAAUGGCCAUGUUCGGGUUUUUGCUUACCUUUUUUCCAACCGUGUUGGAAACUGCCUGGUUCCUUGUUUGAAAGCAAACUUGAAGGCGGAUGGGUGGGGUGGGGUUGAUGAAUGAGAUUGUGUAGAAGCUGAGCCCAAACCAGACAGGACAGCAGCAGAGCUGUGUGUAUAAAUCCAGAUCUGAUGCAAACCCCUAGAAACCAGGGGUAGAGUCAAACUUUUAAGGCAAAAGGAGGGAGCUAAACGAACAGCUAGUGCCCUGAUUAGGGGGCUAGAUAACUUUCUGCAGGGGGUUGAGCCCUGGGGAGAGUUACGGCUUUGGUACACAUCACUCAUAUGCCCCUUUUGCUCCAUAAAUUGGAUCGCCACACCUGCUUGACUUUCAGCAUCUUCGUUACAGAUCCAAGUUUAAACAUAUGGUUAUGUCACAAUCACAGCUAAUUUGGCACUGGCUUGAGAGCUGGGUGGGAUGGCAGGCAGGCAGUGGGGACAUCUCGACCCUUCUGUGACAAUAACCCAUUUGUACAGCAGCAUGCUCUAAGCUGCCAGUGCACAGGCUGCAUGAUAUCACAGGCCCAAACCUGGCCAGCCCCCUUGUCUCCAAAUGAUAGGUGUGCCUGCCAGGAUAGACUUGUGCAUGGGAAUGACUCCAUUUUACUUUGAAACCUCCACUGUUGUAUAGGACUUUCUCUGGCUCAACUGCAUUAUAUACUAGCCCAUUAGAUCAGUGCUUCACCAUCAUUCAUGUCCGUAGAACAUGAGACUCCUAAUCUAUGAUUCUGCAAAGUCCCUAGGAGUAAUGGAGUGAGAUUUCUCUCAUGGGCUGCUGUGCUCAGAACCUGGGAUGAGGCUGCCCAAUUUUUUUUACUUAGGAGCUAAGUAAAAGCCGCAAGAGAGCAAGCAGGAAGGAGAAGUAUUAGGUGAUCUGCAUACAAAUCAGAAUUGCCAUGCCUUUUUUCUAGCAGGACUCCUGUGCGCUGAAUUACUGCCUGUCUCACAGCUCUUAAGCAGGUGAAACUUUCCUAGCAUGCUGGUGCUGUAAUUGGGAAAGCUGUUCCCAAGCUACUCUGUCGCUGUUAUAAGAGGUUUGCCUCUUAGAUUUCUGCUGUCCAUGCAACUGUCAAAAGGCCCAGUAGGUGUCGGGAGAGAAGGUAGAAGAAGCCCUGUUUCCAUCUUCAAGGCCUGUUUUGAACAGGGCAGAUCUAGGUUGCCCAUUGCUGUUUGAGAAACAGAAAAGGCACCUUUGGAUUUGAUAUCCUGCCUUUCACUCCCUUUAAGGAGUCUCAAAGCGGCUAACAUUCUCCAUUCCCUUCCUCCCCCACAACAAACACUCUGUG